GGGGCGGGCUGAGUCUGCGGGCCUGCAGUAUGCGUGCACUCUCCGGGGUGGGCGGAUCGUUAGCUGUGACAGCGACGCUUGGAGACUUCCUAACAAAGCUGUCAGAAAACAGACAACUAACGCUAUGGCAGAGUUAGACCUGAGUCUGAGCGACGCGCUGACCGACAGCCCCCCGCAGCCUGGCCUGGAGAGCAAGGUGGAGAGGGACUUCGUGGCCCAGCUGGAGGCCGAGGAGUUCGACGACCAGGUGAAGGAGAUGGUGGGGAAGACAGACUACAUCCCCCUGCUGGACAACGAUGACACCCGGGCAGACGCUGGGGCUGCUUUGGAGAAUGGAGAGCAGGAGGCUCAUGGGGUGCAAAAGCCUGCCUCCAUGGCAGCUCAUUCUGAUUCCCUGGCCUCUCACUCCAGCUCUGUCCAAAUGAUGGAUUCUGGCAUGCUGGGUCCUUUCCCAGGGUUCUCUCAGCCAGGAGGGAUCGGAAUGAAUGUGGAGGUGGGAGCUGCACCUCUGCAACCACAGAAACCCCCGAGUAUAUCAGAGUUGCAGUAUCCUACUCCCCAAGCUGGGUCAGAAGUCCCAAAGGAUCACAGCGCCAUGCUGCCAGAACCCAAGGCCCCUGGAAGCCCCCUGGAUGUUUCAGCAGGUUCCUUAGACGACUCUUGGCAAGACCAGAUUGGCUCCCCAUCAACAGACGUACCUUUUGUUCCAAGCGUUUCUGUGACGUUUUCCGACCAAGCCGAUCAGCUUGCAGCCAGCCCAGAAGAUACGCCCGAAAACUGGCCAGGCCGUGAGAGCACCGCCUACGCUGGGGGUGAUGAAAGGGACACAGACGGAUCUGACAGAAAACAGAAGAAGAAGAAGAAAAGGCGACAAAAAGAUGAGGGAUCCUACGAACACAUUGAGAGCAGGGGUCAGGCGGAGACACAGGAAGCAGGAGAAAACACUCCUCCGACUGAGGAGUUUUAUCACAGGAUUGGCCCAAGAAGAGACAGAGCAGAAUGCGGCUGGGAAGAGCAACUUGGGAAGAGCGGAGGCCGUGGCAAGAAGAGUAAAAACAGGAAGAAGCUUCCAGAUGAAUGGGCAGUGACAGCAGAGCCAUUUGUUCCCUCUUCAGUGACUGCCUCAGAAAUGAAAGUGGAAGCAUUGGUGGAUCUUGGAAGUUCAAUGAAUGAAACAAUGGAGAGCUCUUUUGCAGACAUGGACACUAGCCAACACACCUGGAAGAAAGAGUUUUACCCGGAGGAAGACCCUUCCCCUUUGCCUCAGGGUUUGUUCUCUCCAACGGCUGCAACCAUCAGUCCUCUAGCCCUAAACAGUGAGCUGAAUGCUACAGCAACUCCAUUCACCAUGCCGUCUUCCACCAACAAAACAAUCCCCGACUCCUUCCCUGAGGCGGUGGAUGUCCUGAUGGACACCGAAAAUGCCGGUUUGGGUCAAAGCAAUCAAACCAUUUAUCCUCUUGUCUCUUCAGAGAAUGCAGGAGUUGUAGCUGACUUAGUAGACAGUGGGAUGUUUGACAUCUCAAAUUCCUUUCAAGAGUCUUCCAUGCAAGCUGUUUCAGAUGGAGACACCUCAGCUUUCAGCUCUGCUUCACAGACAAGCCAAGCCGUUUCACCUAAAGGUGACGUGUUGGCUUCAGCCCCACCCCUAUCACCCUCUGACGCUUCAUGGAUGCUAAACAACUCCCAACUGAGCAGCAACAGUGAUUUAUUUGUCUUCAGUGACACGAGCACUGCAGGCCAUUCUUUACCCCUGGGCCUGUCCUUCAACACACCAAGUCCAGCACCUCUCCGCUCACCCAAAACCACUGCACAAGAAUUCCAGUCCAAGCACAAAGAUGGGAAUUCUGUCCAGAAGCAAUCCAGAAAGUCAUCUCCUUCCUCUUCGACCUCAUCUGUCAGGAGUCCCACCUCCCCAGAGGCAAAGCUCUCCCCACUGGCAUCCCCUGUCGCUUCACCCUCAUCUCCUCCUUCAGUGGGUCCUGCUGGAGUACCAGGAUCUGGCCUCAAUCCUGCUGCAAAGCCUUUCUUUCCCAGCUUUGCUGAUCCAGUGGAAGACACAGCUGUGGUUCCUCCAGUUGUCCCCAUCGUGGAAGUUUCAUCUGACAAGACAGAGAAGAAGGACAAACAGGAGGAUGGCGUGCAGAAGGUGGAGGCUUUAGAUGUGUUGAACAAAGCUGAGCAAGGGAGCGUGAAGGUUGAAUUCAGCACUAAUGAAAGUUUGGUCAAAGUGGCGAAUGAGGUAGAAAAGGGCAAGGAGAAAGCAAAUGCACAGGAGGCAGAAAAGGUCAAAGAGGAACAACAAGCAGAUAAAAAAAAGGAGAUGGAGAAGCAGGCAAAAAGAGUGGAAGAUCAAAAGGAAAUGGAGAAGCUAAAAGACAAGGAGAUGGAGAAAGUGGAAACCGCCCAACUGAAGGAAGAGGAGGAGGAGAAAAAGCCAAAGGUGGAAGAAUCUCCUUUCAAAGUGGAAAAGAAAGAGAAGGUGGAGAUGAUCGACAAGAUGGAGAACAAGGAUGAUAAUGUAGAGAAGAUCACCAACAACGAGAAACUGAAAAAGGAAGAGAAAGUGGAGAACAAACACAGCGAGAAAGCCGAAAAGGUGGACGAAAACGAGAAGUCUAAAGAGGAGAAGAAAGUGCAAGAUGCAGAAAAGCUGGAUAAGAACCAGGAUAGCAAGGUGGAAGAAAAAGCAGAAAACAAAACAAGUGAGAUGGCAGAAAAAUCAGAGAUAAAGGAUGACAAAGGCCAGCACAAAGUGGAAACGACUUCAGAGCAGCAGCUUCACCCCGCUGACGAUAAGACAGAGACGAAGGCUGACGUGGAGCUGAAAACCGAGGCGGCAGCAGAGAAAGAAAAGGCCGACGCCGGGGAAGCCAAGACGGUGGAGAAAAAGGACAAUGCAACCACUCCUCCGGAGAAGCCUGUUGAAAAAGAGGCACAGAAGACAGAAAAGGAGGAGAAGGCAGAUAAAAAGACAGUAGAGAAGAAAGACAGUAAGAAGGAAAAGGCUGUCAAAGCAGAUGGAGACAAGGCAAAGAAACCUGUGAAAACUGUGACCAACGGAAGCAGCGCAACAGCAAGCAAGGACCUUUCUGCUGGAGACAGGAAGACCAAGCCCGCCACAGGGGUGACCAAACCGGUCGGUGGUGCCAAAACGCGACCAGCCACCGCUCCUGCCGGUGGCUCAGCCGCAGCCACCGCCAAACGCCCCACACCCCCCUCCACCAGCACUGCCACAGAUAGAAAAACAACCACACUCAAGACAGCUUCUACAAGCACUGCUGGGCCUAAACGACCUCCUGCCAGUUCCACUAGUCGCCCAUCAUCCCAACCUUCCACCACAAGCACAGGCACACGAGAUGUUAAACCGAAGACCACCACAGAGAAGCGCCCCCUGGUGCCGAAGGCCGGCAGUGGAACCACGAGUCACCCUGCCUCCGGCCCUGCUACCAAAAACGGAACGGUGAGCACUGCAGCCAGCAAAACCACUUCAUCGGUGCGCACAGCCGCGUCCACUCGCACAACUACUACUACUACUACUACUACUGCAGCCAAAAAGCCUCUGGCCUCUAAAACUGACAGCAUCAAACCAGGAGAAGAGAAGAAGCCCACCACUGUUAGGAUUUCAACAGCCAACUCUACCAAGCCCAAGACCACUUCCACCACCUCAAGGAGCACGACUUCCACCACCGCUGCAUCUCGCACUCGAACAACAGCAACCAAACCGGCUACGCUGUCCUCCGCUACGGCCACAGCAGCAGAGAAGAAGCCCCUGGGGCCCCGCACCCAGCGACCCACUGCAACCACGACGGCGAGCGCCACCCCAAGGCCCACGGCUCGACCCGGCACAGCGCCUGACCCCGACAUCCGUAACGUCCGCUCAAAGAUCGGCUCCACUGAUAACAUAAAGCACCAGCCUGGCGGCGGGAAGGUUCAAAUAGUCUCCAAAAAGCUGGACUUCAGCCACGUCACCUCACGCUUGGGCUCCAAGGACAAUAUGAAGCAUGUUCCUGGUGGAGGGAAUGUGCAGAUACUCAACAAGAAGGUGGAUGUAAGUAAGGUGACUUCAAAAUGUGGAUCCAAGGACAACAUCAAGCACAAACCUGGCGGAGGCGUGAAGAUCGAGCCCAACAAAGUGAACACUAGGGAAAAGGCUCAGCCCAAAGUGGGGUCAGUGGACAACGUGAGCCAUUCUCCUGGAGGAGGGAACGUCAAGGCUGAGGGACCGCAGGAGACAGAGGGAAAUGCAACUCCCAUGACUAGCAGCCUGGCCCCGGCUCCAGACCCCAAGAUGGGACCUGCAGGGACCCCUAAUGCCCAGGAGAACGGGCUGAAGGACGGGGCUCCCAGUGAUGGUGAGGGUGUCCAAGAGCCCCAGGCUCUGGACUCUCUAAUGCCAGAGACAAGCAUCUAAUUCUGCUAUCCCUCUGCCCUCCUCAUUUCAACUACCCCCUAUAAUAUCACCGCCUCUCCCUCCCCUUUUUCCUCACUGUAAAUAUGUUUUUUUUUUCCUUCUCCUUGCCUCACUUUUACUCCCCCUCCAAUCCCACCCAAACCCCCUGUUCCCUUUUCUCCUAACCCCUCUGCUGCAGAUUGAGUCUAUCGAGCUCAACUUCCGCGAGAAUGCUCGCUCUCGCACGGACCACAGCGCUGACAUCACCAUCUGGCCAGCCCCCCACAGGACAACGGCAACAGUUCCCGCCCACAUGGUUCCUCGUUCUCCCCGCAUGGCCAACCAAAGCCACCACCCAGAUUCUUGCAGUGUUACCCCAUUGAGUCUCGACUUCCCCUCUCCCCCCUCCUUACUACACCUACAGGUGGAGGUCCGGGGGGAUGCCAGCGGCGUUUCCGUGAAGGGAUCCCAACCUCUUUAACCCCAUUUAAUCUCACAUCAGUUAUUGGAAAAUUAGAAUCAUCGUGCAGUAGUGCUUCUUUCACCUCGUCAUGCGUCAUUGCCUUCAUCAUCACCACCACUUUCAUGUAUUUACCUGAAGUAACUUUAGACUCUGACUGGUCCUGACCGGUACUUUAUGUGAAGGAAAAUUCCAGGACGGCAAUGAUCUCUCCGAGUCCGGCAUCUUGGAAUUGCCCGCUUUCACGUGGAAACCCAGUGGUGGGACCUUCUAGAAAAACCACCAUCAUUCCCCCUGCACACCCACCAGAUGGCAGCAACAGUCUCUUCAGUAGUGACCAGAACAAUUUGGCUCUCCUAUUGGAUUGCCAUCUCUUUUUCCUUGUGAUUUUAGGAGCUGUUUUUCCCCCAAGUAGCCACAUAAUCUCUGCUUCUGUAACGUCGUAGUAAUUCAGUAUCCAUUUCAUCAUGGCUUCCUCUUCCUUCGUCAUCAUGCAACCAUAUGCAAUCUGACUUAACAAAAAAGAAGGCUGUUUGAAUCAUUUUAGCCAAUUUAACUCUUUAUUCUCUGUGUUUGUGAUGAGGUGUUUGAUUGAAAAGAUUAUAUAUAGAAAUGAGCAUCUGUGUUCUGUUUGGAUCCUCUUUAUUUCCUUCUUUCCAUCAUGUUCCUUGACAAUAGAACUAGGUUGUAUUUAAUAUAUCAAUUCUAUACUAUUUUAUUUUAUUUUCAUCAAGUAGUGCUCAGAAAAUCUAUGAAACACGCACAUGUUCUUGCAAACUAAGACACACAGUGUGAAGGAGAUGAAGAAUGUCGCUGAACUUUGAGGAAAAGGUUGAUAGAUGAAAUACAAAAGGAAUUUCAGAGUCGUGGUUAAAUAUCAGAUACGUGGUCAGUGUUGUGACUGAACAGGUUUUAAAUAAUAUAAAAUAGGACGUUUGCUGAAGCAGAGGAGCUUUCACUGAGUCCAGAGGGAGAAGAGGGAGAUGCAGUUCAGAUUGCUUCUGAAACGAAAGGAACUGAGUGUCUCAUAUGUGCCUCCUAUUUGUCUUACCUUAAAAAAAAAAAAGAAUCCCAAUAGAUAAGAGUGAUGCAGUUUCACGCCUAAAACAGCUCAGAGAGAGAGAGCGAAUACGUAUGGUGGCAGAUGAAGAGUUUUUCUGUUCUGAACAGUAUGGUUUUGGUGUUGCCCUGGUUGACUGUUGUUCUAUUUUUAGGUGUUUCUGUGCGGGUCAGGUUAGUGUGGUUUUGGGAGUUCGCUCAAGAUUCAGUUAAAUUUAGAAAUCAUUUACAGUCCUGAGUGUUCAGUGCUCUUCUUGUUGGCGUACUUCCAUUGGGACGUGGUCUUACUUUCUUCUCUUUUCUUGUAGCAACCUGUUGCCUCCUGAUGCCUUUCUAAUGCAUGGCUAGAAAAUAGAAACUCAACCCCAAAAUCAAAGCUCAUGGGUUUUACUCCAGGUGUUCUGUUCUGGUAUUGCUUGCAUAAUUUAAAAAUUAGAAAUUAACAGGAGGUUCUUGUGAUGGUUUGGUGUUACGAUUUAAUCAUGCUGCUCCAACAUUGUACAUACUCAUUACGCCACUUAACUAUUGUUGAAAAUCUUUUAGCCAAAAGAUAUUUUAGUAGGUUAUCAGUGGUCAUUUGAUUUGUAAAAUAUGUCUAUCAAUACUUUUAAUAUGUUGCUUUGAUAUAUCCAGGAUAUUAUAGGAAAUAUAUAUUAUUCUGUUUAGCUAAUACAUACAUAUCACAAUAUGUGGUUAUUACAUGGCGCUUGUUAGCAAACAGUGCUACAUUAGCAAUUUUUUCAACAUGUCAAGCAAACAAUUUUAAGCUUACCAUUUUACUUAUAACCAGCUUUUCAUAAACUAUUCGUCUUCUUAGGAACUAUUAAUAUUUAAUACAGGCUUUACCAUGGUCACCUACUAGCUAACAGCACCACCUACCAGCUAGCGACACUUAGCUCAUCUAAUUUGAGCAUGAGUUGACAUGUUUUUGCUAGUACACCCUAAAAAAUGUCAUUGUCAAUAUAAUUUGGUUCUAAAUGUGGUUUACUAAUGUAUGUACUAGUAACCAAACUGGCACUGAGUUCAUGAAAUGGCACCAAAGUGCAACAUUUUAAAAUGUUGAACCAAUUACUGGAUAUUUUUUCUGUUCAAGUAAAAUGCUUAAAUAUUAUAAGAAAACUAUAAAACUGUUUUUGGAUUAAAUUUAAAAUGUAAUGUAUGUAAUAGACUAAAAUGACAGUUGGCAAAGGGCUCUGCAUGGUCGCAUCGAACUGUCGAAAUCGAUCCUCAGUGUUGCUGCUGCCGCAUGACAAAAACCUAGUCAUUUUGUUCACAGCUUUAUGUCAUCAGCCCCUUCUUGCCACAACCCCCUUGGCAAACUUUUCACUCCUCUCUCUGUGGAAAACUAUCAUGUGAUUGGCCUUAACUUUAUGGGUGUGUUUACUCGGAAAACAGUGCUACUCAGCGGUUCGACCAUUAAGGGCCCUUAACCCUCUUGUUGUCUUACUCCUUUUCAUGAGCCCAAAGCGAGUCAGCAAUUUUUAGAUCAGAGUAAAUUUACCAUCUUAAGACUGUUUCACUCUCAGAAAUGCCACUGUAGUUUAUGAAAACUCUGAGAAUGCCAGAGAAUGCUUGAACCUCUUGCAAAAGCAAAUCCUCACUUGAACAAAAUUGUUCUUAUUAACUGUGUAUAAUCUCACUUAGAAAUAACAGAUCAAGUUCAUUUUACUACGGUAAGUGGUGCAAAACUAAAGGCAGGUACUCACUUGUACUUAAAUCCUAGUUUUAUUCUUUUUUACAUAGUCGUGGGCUCAGAAUUUCUAAUAACAGGCCUACAAUGGUCACUAUAAUUUAAUAAACUCAAAUUUAUUGAAGACAGAUUUAGUUCUACCUGCAAAAUCUUUUAAAAGAGAAUAUGUUAUACAAAAUAUAUGACAAACCUGUCCUUAUCGCUUAUCUCUAAAUCUGUUAAAAAGGGCAUGUCUUUAAUCUCUAUGCUGACUUCACAUGCUUAUCUUGGAUUAGCCUUUCAGAUCCUGAAGUCAAAAUAACUUCAUACAGUUGUGAUUGAUCAAUAAAGCUUUGUGUCAAGAGGUUAUGUCAGAAUUCAAAGUCACACUUCAGAAUCUUUAUGUAAAGGAAAUGUUUUUUAUCAAGUUGAUAUUUUGCUAUUGCUUUGAUGAAACUAAACUGCACCUUAAUGCUUUUAAUCAUAUAUCAAAGAGGAUUAACUGUGAUGUAGUGGUAAAUCCACUUUUUAUGAAUAGUAACUCGAACAUGAAUGAGCUUUCACUUGGUAACAGUAACCUGUUUGUCAGUUUUACCGGAUUUUUUCAGAUUGUUCCCAUUACAGUUCCUGUAAGUCUAGUAAUAAAUUGUACACAUUCUGACACUUAUAGGUUGUAACUUCAUAUACAAAAAGUUGUUGCUAAAGGUGUAGCUUUGAUCUCGCAGCUGUUUUCUAGCUGAGCUCUUCCACGUGCCUGUCCGUAACUAAAACCCAGCUUUGCUUCUAGCCACAAGUUUCUAUUCACCUCUUCUUCUGAGAUUGUUCAUUGAUGCACUGUUACUCGCCCUGAAAACUACGAACAAACAACGUACAGCUGCAGUUAUUGGUCUGUGGGCGGGAACGCUGCUUUUAUUUCCACGUAGCUUUGCUAGUUUUUAUGGGAGGAAGCGUUUUUAUCAUGACUGUUAUGGCUGUUAUUCUGAAUACUUGUGACAACAUGGUAAGCUUUGGCCUGUUUUUUGUUUUGUUUUAUUUUGUUUUUCGAAAGGGGGCCACUGAAGUGAAAGAAUGUCUGUCGAGAUAAAUUGUGCUAAAGACGCAACACUUUUGUACAUGUAUUUAUCGUUGUGUUCCUGUAGCCUCGUGGCGGUUUUGCUCUCAUGAUUGAAGGGGAUCGGGGAGUGAUUUUCUUUUUUUUUCUUGCUUCAGUUUUACAGUUAGCAUCGGACAAGACACCUGUCAACACAAAUCUGUAUUUGAUUUCAUUUGAAGUGCUGUCACGGCUUUAUACAUAAAUACUGAAGUGGUAUUAUAGAACCUAAUUAAUUACGAUUUUUCUAACAUAUUUUCUUAUGUGUGCUGCCACAAGAAGCCCAGUCUUAAGAGAUGAAAAUAAUGGAGAGAAUAGCUCAAAAAGUAAGAAUGCAGCGACCCCUGCUGGUUUAAGGAUAAAGUUAAAUGGAGCUGAAGAAAAACUGAUGUAAAUGAGGCUGACAAGUUAAUAUUGGGUAAGAAUGGCACUUACAGAGCAGCAGCCUGUCCUAGAGAGAGCCUAACACACAGUUAGAGCUAGACAACUCACUGUAGCACCUGAAACCUCGCCGAGGAGCGUCGCAGAGCUUCAAAUAAACAUUUAACACUCGCUAACUGCUAUUCCUGCAGAGCAUGCUGAAAACCAACAAUGGCUUGUGUUAGGUAGACUUUCUCUCAUUUACAGAACUUCCUCGUUGUUUUGUUGUUGGGUUCUUUUUGUUGUUUUUGUUUUUUUUGCGUGGGAUUAUGUUUUUCUCAAUAUUUUGAGUUCUAGCUUUGGUUUUGAAAAAAGAAGUGUUUAUUGUGAUUACUUGUUAAUUAGUGAUGUGAUUAUUAAACAUAAAAUAAAUUGGACUAAAUUUCA